UAGCUGCACAUGGUUUUCAGUAACGCCACAAGCAACGACACGGGAACAGUUUAUUGCGGUUGUGCCCUGGAGCAGGUGAAAUCUCAUUUUGCCAUAUCAAAAGGAGUCGUCAUAUACUGCUCUACAUUUCGUGUGUCCUUUUGGAAUCUCGGAACAAAACAAGAAAUCACUUUGAAUUUGACGUGCACAAGAUGAAGAGGGUGCUCCAGCAGGCCCCCCCGGAGAGCGAUGUCUUCCAGGCCGCUGCCUCGGGGGACCAGGCCUGGCUGCUCCUCAGCCUGAGGAACGUACCGCUCAAACAGACUGACAAGCAGGGUCUGAGCUUGCUCCACGUGGCUGCUAUGCACGGUCACCUGGGCUGCCUGAAGCUGCUUCUGGAGCUCGGAGGCACGGAUACGGACGUGAACGCCAGCUGUCCCCGCGGCCGGAGGCCCAUGCACAUGGCGGUCAGCGACCAGAGCCGGCCCCUCCACUCCCUCGCCUGCCUCACCUGCCUGCUGGAGCACGGCGCCCUGCCCAAUGUGUCCACUGAGGAGGGGCUCACGCCCUUGCACCUGGCUGCCACCCAGGGCCUGCUGGACUGCGCUAAGGUUCUCGUCAAGGUGGGGGCAGACAUCAGCACUCGGGACAGCCGGGGCCACACUGCUCUGGACCUCGCCCGGCUCUGGGGCCACAGAGCGAUUGCUAGGUUCCUUAAGGAUCGCAUGUGGCAGGAAGAGAACCAGAGACAGUGGGAGAGAUGCAAUGAACUCCUGAAGCUCAGAAAGACUCUGGUCAGGAGACACCAGCAAAUGCAAGAUGAGGCAAAGGUUGCCAGGCAGGCCAUCAGCGAGCAGAGUGUGGAGGAAUGGGCAAGGCUGAAGGGUGUCCCUGUCCCUCAGCCGGCCCCUAAAAGCGCACUGUCCCGAGGCUCCGCCCAACGCUGCAGUGCUGAGAGGAAGACCCCAAUCCGGGAGCGCAAAAAACACGCUGGACCGAGGGGCCGGGGGGCGGGUACAGGGGCUGCCCGAGCAUCGUGGAACAUCUCCCCGAACCCCUCCAAACCCCCGUCCGCUACCAUCAGCGCCCCGCAGGGGGUCCGCAUGAGCACCAGACCCGAGGGGGCCCCUCCGCAGCCUGACAUGAGGGGCAGAGUGACCCUCUCGAAGGGGGCCCCUGACCGGGCCCCACGCUCGGCACAGCUGGGCGGGUCCGCCUACGACCUCCCGGCUCUGCCCUGGGACACGAUCCAGAGAGGCCUGUUCCCAAAUGCCUACCGCCCCCGCCUGGUCUCCCCCCUCAGCUUCCACCCCGUCCAUGUACAGGACCUGCCGCGCCUCAGCGCCCCCACCCACGGGACCUCCCCCUGGACGGAGGUGGCCAUGCACCUGGCCGAGACGCUGGAACCGGGGCGAUACUGAGGAGGGGGGUUAAAUCAGGGGGAGAGCCUUAUUUGUGUUAAGAUAGUUCAAUGCAGGUAUUGCACAUGCUGGUAUUGCACAUUAAACUGAAUGGUAUUGAGAUUUAGUAGAUCAGUCAGGAUCAUUUUGUCAAAGAUUGACAUAAAACAUACAGUAAAGCAACAGUUAAACAGCUGUACCACUCCUUCAUAAGCUCUUUAUAGCACCUUUAUAAGUGCUAAAUAAAGUUUCUUAAAUAACCACAAAAAUGCCAAGGGUAUUCGUCAUUGGAUAUGUUAUAAUUAUGUCAUGUUUCAAUGGCGACAAUGUACAGUUGGCAUAUUUGCAAUUAUUGUUGAAAGCGUUUAUGAAUGUUUAUGUUGUGUUUAUGUAGAUGGUGUGUACUGCUUAUGAAGGGCAAGUCAUUGAGUGCGUUCCCAAAAAUUCCCAACAGCAUUGCGCAGUUGGAAUGGAAUGGUUGCUGGGCAGCAGGCAGGUAACGUUUGCAUAUCUGAAGGACAGGUAUGGAUAAGGCCGCGUCCGGGGUUACGCUCUCCCUUUGGGGGCGAGGAAGAACUGCAGCUCUAAUGGAGGGGCGGCGCCGUGCUGACCCGGGGGCGGGCUGUCAUACUGAAAGCAGGAGGAGCAGCUCGGCUUCUCCGGCCGUUCCCCUGGGGGGCUGGGGAUAAGCCGCAGGUCCCCUCAGCCACUCAGCCGCUAGCAAGAGCUGAUUGACAGGGGCCUCCACACCCCCCCCCCCCCCCCACCUCAGCACUUAGCACCUGCACGGCAGACUGUGAUGACCUGUGGUCAACCUCACACCAACCCCUGGGGGAGGGGGGGGGGGUCACACACUUGCACUUGAACACCCUUCAGCA